AUGCAGUCAUCACAGCCAUCGGCACACGCCCCAGCACGGGCCAGGUUGGAGUGUGUGUACCAUCAGGCUUUAGCCUUCGAUCCGUGGACCGGCGUGAUUGCUGCAUCCAUGCCCCACACUCACCCCCCCAUAGCGUCAAUCUUCUCGGCUAGUGACGCGACCUCGGUGGUCAUGGGGAGCAUCCCUGUGUGGGCUUCUGGUGCUGCUGGUGCUUAUGGUGCUUCUGGUGCUGCUGGUGCUGCUGCUGCCGCCGCUGCUGGUGGUGUUGGUGCUGCCUCCAGUGAAGCAAUCAGGGAGGAACGCUCAGCAAUUAGUGAGGAACAGUCAGACGAACUUCGUUCGGCAGAAGCUGAUUCGUUGCUGGAGGAUGAGAGCCCGUCUGGCCUGGGAGGAGCCUGUCGCCGCCACUGCAUCAUUCGUUUGCAGCACCUUCUCUCCAGUCACACCCUGGUGGACGUUUACCCUCGUUUAGGGAACUUUGAUUCUCUCACAGACGUCGCUUUCAGCCACUCGGAACGGUACACCUGGCGGCUUCUGGUUGGCUCUAAUUUUGGGGAGAUUCGCGUUUAUGACUUAGAGAGAGGACAGGAAGGGGCGGCAGGGAGUGAGGAUAAAGGUGGAACGAGGGGAGGCAUGGCGGGACAGGGAGGAGGAGGAAGUGGAGGAGUGAAGGGAGGGGGCAGAGGGGUGAAGAGAAGAGGAGGAAGAGGGGCGCAGAGAAGAGGAGGGAGCAUCCGAGAGCCAUCGAUUUCAUUAACCAUCAGCGAGUGGGAGCGGUUUUUGGAAUUCUCCCUUAACGAACGGAUAUUUUGCGUCACUGUAUGUGCCCGUGCCUGCUGUACACUCCUAUCGUUCAAAUGUAAUGUUCAUACCUACUGUUCUAUGCAUAGUUACUGUUCAUGUAUGAUGUUCGUAUCAACUGUUUUCUGCACAUCCCCCACUCUCACCUCCCCCACUCUCACCUCCCCCACUCUCACUUCCCCCACUCUCACCUCCCCCGCUCUCAACUCCCCCACUCUCACCUCCCCCACUCUCACCUCCCCCGCUCUCACCUCCCCACAGACGGUAAACAGUGGUGGCCUAUUGGAAGUCUUUGCUCGCCUGUGGGACGUGGAUGCUUCUGCUGUCGCUGCCAAACUUUCCCAGGUGCGCCCUGCUCCCCCAGGUGCUCCCUCCUCUCCCAGAUGCGCCCUCCCCCAACCAGGUGCGCCCUCCCCCAACCAGGUGCGCCCUCCCCCAACCAGGUGUGCCCUGCUCCCCCAGGACUCCUUCCUUACUUUGCAUGCCCUGAUUGCACUCCUAUCCUCCCCUACCUCCCCGCCGCUCCUCCAGGCCCGUCCUCCAUUCACCGACAUUCUCCACCUGGACUCCCAGCAGCCCUAUGUAACCCCUUACUCAGCCACGGCUGUCGUGUUGCGAGCCGAUGGCGCCAUUGCCCUCUGGACCGGCAUCCAAUGGCCUGACCCCGCGGUUACAUCUCACCACGUUACACCUGAUACACUUUCAUCCGGCGCAGUUUCAUCUGGAGCAGUUACGACUCAAGUCCCCACUGCCGCUUCUCACACGCCACAGCAGUCCCACCAGAGCUUGGUCUUACCUCCCCCCCCUUCCCCUGGCAAAGCAACAACCGGUUUUUCCUCCCCAAUCGCUUUCAUACCCACCGCUCCCACAACCGCUGCUGCUGCUGAUGGCGUUUCCACGCCAAUGUCAUUGUCAGCAUCUGCUGAUGCUGUCAACUUGGCAGCUGCUGCUGCUGUGGCAGCUGACGGGCCUGCUGACGUGGACGCUGCCAGCAAUGCCACGUGGAGAGGUGACGUGGCAGGCGUUCAGGCGGAGGCAGAGGAGCUGCUGGUGCGGAACACGGAGCUGCGCCGUGCGCUGGGGAAGCUGCGGCAGGCGGUGAUGCUGGAAGCACGGACGCGCAUGGCUCAGCUCAAGAGCAUUCUCAAGGUGAGCAUUCUCAAGGGAAAGAUUCUGAGGCGGCUUUUUAGUCGACUGGGGAAGCUGCAGCAGAUGAUGAUGCUGGAAGCACGGACACGCAUGGCUCAGCUGAAAAGCAUUCUCAAGGAGAUCAAGGUGGUGCAGGAUCAGCGCGCCCUCACCUACUAUGUGGACGACAGGCACCUGCCGUCGCCGCUCUUAUCUGAUCAGCGCGCCCUGACCUUGUAUGUGGACGACAGGCACCUGGCAUCGCCGCCGGCAGAGCUGAGGGAGAUCGCUGCACUGACAGCCAGACGGCGACCAGAUGUGGAUGCCAAGGAGGAGGAGCUGGUAGUGAGAGCGCAGGUGCGAGUGCUGUCUCUGCGGGAGGAGAUAGAGCGGGCCGUGCACGCUGACUUGCGCCUCAGCUUCUCCCGCUGUGCUGCUGCACUGCAGCACACACAAGAGGCCCAGCAGGCGCACACACAAGCCAUGCAAGCAUACAUGGCAGCGCACGCCACACUCUCCCUCCGCCUCACGGCUCUAUCAGUACUUAAACAGCCAGGCAUCGCAGAGAAACUGCAGCGACUUCGGGAGCAGCCCAACCUGCUCUCCUCGCCUGCUGCUAAAAACGCCUUCCUCUCCUCCCUUGAUGCACCUGCAGAAGCAUCAUUGUGGGCGGAUCUCCUCUUCUCCGCUUCCCACUUCCCAUCCAUACUCCUCUCCACCGACCACCACCCCUCGCGCGUGUCGUCCAUGCAAAGCUUAGUUAACGCCCAGAAUGAUACAGUUCUGGCGCUUAAACUUCGUGCCGAGCAAGCUUCUGCUGCGGUGAAGGAAGCCAAGGCGAAGCUUCCCGAGCUGUGCCACGUCAGCACCUCCUGGGUGCGGCCUGAGGGUGCUGACGUGUCUCCUUGUGCUCUGGCCAAUCGAAUAUCAGAAGAAGCGCGAGGAGGAACGAACGGAACAAGCAAGGACAGCAGAGAGACAGAAGGAGGAGCGGGGAUGGAGAAAAGCAACGAAAGGAAGGGAGAGGCGUCAAAAGUAGAAGCAGCAGCAGUGGCAGCGGGAGAUGGUGGGGGCAAAGAUUCAGAACAUAUGAGAGAUUCAGACCCCCUAUCAGAGCCCUUAGCCCCCUCUGCUCUGUGGCGACAACCCCUAUGGGACCUCUCCUUUCCCACCCAUCCCUCCGCCUUCCCCACGUUUCCUCACUCCUACGCCUUCAAUUCUCCUCCUGCCUCCUCCCCGUUCUCCUCCUCCGCUUCCUCCCGCUUCUCCUCCUUACUCUCGUCGGCGGCUCAAUCGCUGGCUACAGAUGGCGCAUCUGUAGCAGGGCAAUCCGCAUCUGCUACAGAUGCUGCUACAGGUGAUGCUCAUGCCCAAUCCAGUGCCAGCUCACCCCCAGAAUCUGCCACAUCAUCACCCGCCACAUCAGCAGCUGCAGUGAACAUUUCCUUCCUAAUCUACACAUCGCCGCCCACCACAGCCGCCCUGGAUCUCGUCAACAAGCUGUACGAGUGCACGCACGGGCGGCUGAGGGCGGGCAGCAUAGGCGGGCGGCUGGGAGGGCUCACAUCUGAAGCUUUAGUGCUUUUGGACGGCCCGUCCAUUCCCCUGCACCAAGCCUCUGCCAUGGUCCGCCGUGGGAAAACAGCGGGUGGGGGUGGGAGUGGCAGUGGGGAUAGCAACAGCAGCAGCAGCAGUGGUGGCGGCGGCGGCAGUGACAGCAGCAGCAGCAGCAGUAGUGAAGGUAUACCAGGAACAGUGCCAGGGUUUGAAAAGUAUUACAACCCUGCGGAUUGGAUCCGAGCCACCCGCCGAACCUCCCCAGGUUCGUUCCUCACGCACAUCCUCGCGCCAACCCGUAUGGGCGCAGCCCGAGCCUACAACCUCCUCUCCCUCCUCGCCCGCGGCUCCGUCCUCAUUCUCCUCGCGGGCGGCGAUCUGCCGCCCGACUCCUGCGACUGGGCGGCGAAUCUCGUCGCGCCUUUCUCGGCCUGGCCCCGGCUGGGGAUUGCAGGGCAUGCGAUGGGGAAGAUGGGGCUGAGGAACGUUCCAGGAAGCCUGCAGCUGGGGGAGGUGCGGAACGCUGGGGACCAGUUUUGGAACAGAUUGAGAGAUCCGGUGACAGGGGUGAGGAUGAGCUUUGUUCUUGGGACGGUGACAGGGCCAAUGGCGGCGAGGCGAGACGUGUUUGUGAAGGUUGGGGGGUUCAGUGCGGUUGAUGGAGGUAUAGAUGCGCUAUCGGAUUGGGACCUUUGCCAACAUGUGUGGCUCUCGGGCCAUCAGCCUAAGUUCCCGGCUCGGAUAGGCGGCCUAUCGUGGAACGACGACGGCGAUGACUCAGACUCGGAUUCGCCCGAGUCGGAAUCGGGAUCCAUGGGAAGCGGAGUGGGACUCUUAGGAGCCUCGGGCGAAAUUCCUCGCUCUGAAAGCUCCGCCUGGAAAGCCAGCCGGGGGGGGGGAAGCGUAGGGGGAGGAGGGGAUAGAAGCGGAAGUUUAUUUGGUGGUGCUGGCGACAUAGCAGGUAUUGGGUUCAGCGGAGGGCUCAGCGGCGUGAUUAGCGGCGGAAUUAGCGGCGCUAGCGGCGGAGGAGGAGGAGGAGGGGAAAGGAAGGUGAAGUUCGAUACGCCAGACGCCCCGCCGCCAUCGAUCACACCCGCGGCUACAGUCCCUCCUCCAUCCAAGCCUCGUCACUCCCGCGCACUGUCGUCCGAAGCUCCUGACUUGCUCGCGCCCAAGCCUAACGCCCGCCGUGCACGGACGACUGCCUCUGCAAUCUUCACUCGGCCCAACCAGCCAAGCGCUUCAGGCUCCGAUAGUAUCCCCCAAGACCCAUUCCGCCGGCAGCGCCACGACUCCAUCGGGGGAGGCAUCCCUGGCGCGGGGGGAACGCGCCACAUGCUCACUCCGGGCAGCGCCGCCGCGGCAGCCGCGCGGCAGCGGCGCAUGUCCGUCCAAUUCGCGUCAGGCUUCUCAAAACCCACGGGAUUGCAGCUGCCAGGGUCUGUGGGGGGCCAAGGGGGACCCAUGACCCCUACCGCUGCCGCCGAAGCGCAAGAAGCGCAAGUCACGGUGGACCAAAGCCUGCCGCCGAAGCGCAAGAAGCGCAAGUCACGGUGGACCAAAGCCUGGGAGGACGUGCAGGACUUCUUUCAGCCCAUCAGCAUGCUGUGGCAGCCGUGGGGCAUCCUGAACCCCCCUCCUCCUCUCUCGCUCCCUCACCCUUGCCAUCUCACCCUCCCCAUCCCACCCCACCCAGCCGCCGAAGCGCAAGAAGCGCAAGUCACGGUGGACCAAAGCCUGCCGCCGAAGCGCAAGAAGCGCAAGUCACGGUGGACCAAGGCAUGGGAGGACGUGCAGGACUUCUUUCAGCCCGUCAGCAUGCUGUGGCAGCCAUGGGGCAUCCUGAACCCGCACUCCAAGUUCAUGGCACGGUGGAACAAGGUGUUCAUGGUCGCAUCUAUCCUCGGAUUUAUCAUCGAUCCCUGGUUCCUCUUCACCCUCCAGGCGCUCAAUCAAGUGGCUCCCCAGCCGGCCAUGCUGUGCCUCACUCUGGACUGGACGGCAGCCAUCGCCUUCACUGUGCUGCGCUCCUUCGUAGACCUCUGCUACGUCCUUCAGAUCGUCGUUCAGUUCCGCAUGGCCUACAUCGUCCCGCCCCCCACGAACCGCAAGAACCGCUUCUUCCGCCGCUGGUGGGCCGACCGCUCCCUGCAGAGCCCGGGCGACCUCGAGUUUGACGCGCGCGUCAUUGCCAGCCGCUACCUGCGCUCCUGGUUCCUCAUUGACGUGCUGGCCGCCCUGCCCAUCCCCCAGUUCUGCCUCACCCUCCAACCCCACCCCCACCCCCAGAUAGUGAUGCUGGUGAUAGUGCCAAUGAUGGGUCGAUCAGUCCCCUCCAACACGGGUGUCGCCAUGACCGUCCUCUGCCUCGCAGCCCUCUUCGCUCAGAACGUGCCCCGCGCCAUCCGCUUCUUCCCCAUCCUCUCGGGCAACGCGCCGCACGUCACCGGGCUCGUGUUUGAGACGGCGUGGGCGAAUUUCCUCCUCAACUUUGUGUUCUACCUCAUGGCGUCCAACAUCGUCGGCAGCAUGUGGUACUUCCUCGCCGCCUCGGUGAGUGGUUUGUCGCGGCUGCCUCGGUGA